AAUUGACAGUACGAGGUUCUGGUGGGAUUGGGUUUUCGAAAGUCAUUCGGAUGCAACCAUUUUACUCCUAAACGCUAUAGGCCUAUACGUUAAUUGGCAUGACGAUUUAUCUGAUAUAGAUGGACCAAAAGAACAGGUGGAAACACUGGUGCUACCUGAAGGAGUACCGUAAUUAACUCUACUAUCACGUCUCCUGAAAUUUACAAACAAUACAAAGAUGCAUCCCUUGUGUCUCAUUAACAUUCUUGCUUGCUUGCUUCCGUACUUCUUUGGCGCUACAUCUAGUGUGGAGUGGUGCUACCAUCUACCCACAUGCAAUGACCACACCUGGCCAGCGAUCGCUGCAGAUUUCUGCAGCGGAAGUCGCCAGUCUCCCAUUGACAUUAGUAGCACUGCUGUGGUUGAUUACAGGCUAGGCGCUUUCACUUUCACUGGCUUCGAUGAUAAAACUGCCAUGUCUAAGAUCGAGAACACAGGCAAAACUGUGAAGAUUAAGAUUAAACCAGGGAAGCUGAGUGUAAGUGGAGGUGCCCUCUCUACCAGCUAUGACACCCUGCAGUUCCAUUUGCACUGGGGGAAUCUCAGUUCUAGCCCAGGCUCCGAGCACACAGUGGAUGGCAAGCGCUACCCCAUGGAGUUGCACAUUGUGAAUGCUAAAAGUAUUUACAAUGGGAAUAUACAUGAGAUUGCAAAGGACAGUGAAGGACUCGCUGCUCUUGGCUUCUUCUUUGAGGUUGACCCCGGCACAACUGACCAGCCAGCAAGCUGGAGGAGUCUUGCAUCUCAUCUUGCCAACAUCAUCGAAAAGGGCCAUUAUGUCAACAUCACCGGUAUCUCCAUGAAUGACCUAAUCAGUGGCGUGGACACCACAUCGUACUACAGAUACCUUGGUUCUUUGACCACUCCAAACUGUGAUGAGGCUGUGAUUUGGACUGUUUUUAGGGACUCCAUCAAAGUCAGCCAAAAUGUGAUUGACCUCUUUAGCACCACUGUGCGAAUUGGAAACCGCAGCUCCCUGCUCAUGACCAACGUGUACCGCAACGUACAGCCCCUCAAUGGCAGAUAGGAUUUGUAAUUUCUACUCUGUGGCCAGUAUGACCUGCACACUCAGAGCUGCCUUUUUCUUCAGGACUAUACUAGGCACUAUACUCUUGACAAACUUAAUAGUUACCUUUUCAUGUAAGCUUUUAAUCUGCUCUACAUGUAUUUAAAAACUGUUAAAUUGAAUGCCGUGCAUGUAUCCACUGGGCCGUGCACUGGGUUAUUAACUGGCCGCAAGGUCAAUGUUAAGUUAAUGGGUGAGGGGUAAUGUUUUGAAGGCACUGGUCGUUAGGGUCUUCUCCUCUGUCCACUGUUGUCCUUUUACAUGAUGU